ACAUACGAGCUGUAGUUCAUCGUGUGCGCGGAUAAAUCAAAACUUCUUUUAUUGAAAAUGUAGUGCUCAAGUCGCUCGGUUUUUUCUCGCAACGUCUCAUACGUCAUCAAGGACCGACGAUUGGAUCGUCGCCCAGUCGUCCUGAAGGAGAGCGCUCAGAUGAAAAUGUGGGGCUACGUUGCUUUCUUUGUGAUCGUUGCCUUCACCGUAUUGAUCAUCGUCAUUCGGGUUGUAAUUAGAACCACGGUCUAUUACGACCACAUCCCGGAUCUGCGUGGCAAGACCAUCGUCAUCACAGGAGCAUCAAGCGGGCUCGGCCUCCAACUGAGUGAGGUUCUCGCAAAAAAUGGAGCGCGCGUCAUCUCUAUUCAUAGGUAUCUGGACGAUAUCAACUUCGUUCAACAGUUCGCCAGCGAGCUAGCCCGGACCGAGGAUCGCAUCGACUGCCUUGUAAAUAAUGCCGGUAUUCUCUGCGGAGAUGAUCUCAGCCCAGACGGCCUGGAUAAAAUGAUGGCCGUGAACUACGUCGGACAUUUCCUUUUGUCGAAGAUUCUGAUUCCCAAAAUGACAGCAACGCCCAACGGACUACGGAGAAUUGUGAACAUUACUUGUGGUGGCUUCACCACCGGCAAUUUGCACCUCCUCUUCGAUAUGCAACGUAAAGAGCUCGGCGAAGGUUCAUACAGUAUACGGGAAUGGUAUCGUUCCUCUAAGCUGGGCCUGUAUCUCAUGGCACGCGAGAUGAGCAGGAGAUUCAAGACGAACGAGCUCUGCUGCGUUUGCGUGGAUCCCGGACUGCUAUCGACAACGUUCUACAGUCAUCUACCCCAACCGCAGAAAUCUCUGUUGUGUUUGCUGGCCAUGCUGAUGUUCCGGUCUCCAGAAGAGGGCAUCCAGAGCGUUCUAUUCGCUUUGCUAGAUGAGAAAAUACGCACUUGCUCAGGGACGGUGAUAAAAGACUGCAAAGUUUACGAUCCUCAAGACGCCGAUUUUUUGCGGAGGACAAGGUCAGUCAACAUGUCCGAAAGAGUAUGGGAUGUCACCGAGCAACUGAUAGAUGAUAAGCUAGAUAAGGGGCUGCUCAAUGGAAUUUGGUCGGGACUCGACCACGCUACGCGAGGCGUCCCGGAGCACCUAAAGGGAGGCUCAUGA